CUUUGAUUCUCCCUCUAUAAAAAAAAACCACUCAUACUAAGUAACAUCUUCCUCUUGUUUGAUUCUAUCAAUUGAAACUGUCAUUUUCCUCUUGUGCCUUUCUUGAGCUCUCCCAUUUUCUACAGUUUGAAGGUGUUCCCAUUUUCUAAUUAGGGGAAAUGAGUGCUUCAAAGUUCAUCAAAUGUGUGACUGUUGGAGAUGGAGCUGUGGGGAAGACAUGCAUGCUCAUUUGCUACACCAGUAACAAGUUCCCAACUGAUUAUAUCCCAACGGUGUUUGACAAUUUCAGUGCAAAUGUUGCUGUUGAUGGUAACAUUGUUAACCUGGGAUUAUGGGAUACUGCUGGCCAGGAAGACUACAGCAGGCUGAGGCCAUUGAGUUACAGAGGUGCAGACAUAUUUGUUUUGGCUUUCUCCUUAAUUAGCAGAGCAAGCUAUGAAAAUGUUCUUAAAAAGUGGAUGCCCGAACUUCGUCGGUUUGCUCCCAAUGUUCCCGUUGUUCUUGUAGGAACAAAACUAGAUCUUCGCGAUGACAAUCGAUAUAUGGCUGAUUAUAUGGGCUCGAACGUGAUAACAUCAUCUCAAGGUGAGGAAUUAAGGAAGCAAAUAGGUGCAGCAGCAUAUAUAGAGUGCAGCUCUAAAACCCAGCAGAAUGUCAAGGCAGUAUUUGACAUUGCAAUUAAGGUUGUGCUUCAACCUCCCAGGAGGAAUGAAACGGCAAGGAAGAAAGCGCGCAAAAGCACCAGUUGCUCAAUAGUGAGGGGUAUAGUCUGUGGAGGCUGCGUUGCAUAGGAGAACGUCUCCGGUGCGUUGUCAUAGUUUGUCAACCACUCGUUUCACCGCCAGCUGGGAAUGCCAAUGUGUAUGCCAUGUUUUGUAAUUUUGAAUGUAGCUUCUGUCUGGUCUGUAGAAACCAAGCAGAGGCAAACUCAGAGAGAAUCAUCCAUUCUCUCUCUCUCAAGUUCUGUGAAUUACUGGUUAACUAGUAGUAGUAUGUAUGUCUUAAUGCCCUUCAAAAUGUGUUGUUUUACUCUCCAUUUUCCCUGUCUACAAACAUAAAAGGGCCGAGUAUCACAUUAGAUGAAUUUUUUUGCGUUAUUUACCCUUGAACUCUUUAAAAAAAUGUGCGGAUUCUC